UAUCGCCUUCGCUUUCACUCUUCUCGCAUCAAACGGGCCUGUUUUCAUUUCCCUAGAGGAAAAAUUAUCACUCUCUCUCUCUCUCUCUAACUUGCUUUCUUGGCCUUUUCCUCUUUCGAUUAACCGAAACCCUAAAGCUUGAUCCGCCGGCGAAUUAAAGAUUCCGUAUAUGAGCUUACGAUUGGGGAAGAGUUGAGGAUCAACCGGCCUGGCUUUCGUCCCCGGUUGGAGGGAGGUGGCGUCUCUGGGCUUACUUGUUCUGGGAAAAGCUGAUACUUUUCUAGGGUUUGCAAAUUGUUUAAGAGAGAGAAAUGGCAAAUCAAGGAGCCAAGAAGCGCAAGGAAGAGAACACACGCCAUAUGACAAAGCUCCGUCACCUAAUUAUUGCCUGCAAUGUUAUAUAUGUCUUGGCGAGGAUGCUGAUUUUUCAUUCCACUUUCACUUGGAAACAUUGGAUGGGUUUGGUUUUGACGUCUAUAGCUUAUUUCAUUCCCUAUCAACAACUUGCUGCAAUGGCAAAACCUACUUAUGCAGAUGAUGGGGAUCUUCUUGAUGGUGGGUUUGACAUGAGCACUGGUGGAAUUUGUGGCUAUCUGCAUGAUGUCAUCUACAUUACAAGCUUUGUGCAACUGAUGUCCAUUAUCUCUGAAAAAUUUUGGUUCACAUACCUGGUGAUACCUGCAUUUGGAGCGUACAAAUCCCUUGGAUUUGUUAGAGGAUUCUUAUCAUUAGGGUCAGAGGGAGAUGUGGAAGAUGAAAAGACACGCAAAAAGAGGGAGAAGCUGGAGAAGAAAGCUUCAAGAGCCAAGUUUGUUAAGACAAGAAACAGGUAGUCAUUGUAUUGAAAUGUGCAAGCCAGCUCGUAGAUUUAGUUCUUUUUUAAAUGACACAGCAUUGCACAGAGUUUCGUUGACAAUUUUUGAAUGGUAAAGUUGGAGAAUUCGCUGGUAGUUGAGGAGUUUGGUAACAGUUGAUGCACAACUUUUGUGCUGUUGAUUAUCAUACUACUGAAAAUUAGAUGCUAGAGCUGGUACCACUUCAAUGCAAUGCUAUAAAAUUAUCAUCAAAGUAAUAUAUUCAUCACAAAUAUUAUAAUAUAAGAUUUGCAAACUACUGUACUUUCGUAUA